AUGGGUAAACCGGCGAAAUUCGUGAGCUUCGAGCCGGAAAAGGCGUCGAAACGCACGUCCUGCAAGCGCAAACCGCCCAACCCAGACAUGGCGGCGCUGGUGGGCCGAUUUGCAGUGACCCAGAAGAAACCGCGCCCAAACACAGAGCCCAAUAACAGCCCCUUUGAGCCGCCGCGGGCCUCGCAACAUUCGCUCCAGCCGCUGCAGACGUUCCAGAGCUCGUUCCAACUGUCGGAUCAACCGCUCGGAGCUACACUGCCUCUGUCGCCGCCACAUCAAGAACUGCAACUACCCGAACAACUGCGACCUCCAACACACAUUUUGCAUGAACCACCACCCACGCGGCGGCGAAUCCCGCCGUUGUCGGAUACCCCGGUGCAGUUUGAAGAAAAAAUCGACCCGCUGCACCCCCUCAACUACCCAAACAAGGUGGAUACCGUGCAGGUGCACAAGACGCUGUCGGAAAUGAAGGCCUACUACGAGAGCCAGCUGUUGGACAAGGGAGGAACGCCUCUGAGCUACACAAUUGAUGACGCCCGGGCAAAUUCAGAGUCAAACUCACAGGUGCAACUGGCACACCCACAACAACUGCCCAAGCUGACGGUCCAUUCGGGAUCGGGUAUUCUCCCGGGCGUCCCUGGAGUGCAUGGAGUGGGGAUGCCUGGCAUGCCUAGAGGACCACGACUGCCGAAAUUUACAUUCUCGCGCAUCCCCGACCCCUACGCAAACUCGCUGGUGCAACAGAUUGCCCAGACGCCAAAUGAGCGCAAACUCAUGGAAAACUACCUGCAGUUUCUGUCGCCCUAUUUUGACUACCUGCCGCAGCCGCAGCUCACGGCACUAAUGUUCGAGACGUUCGAGCCCGAACUGACCAAGAAGAUUGUCAUGACCAUGUCUUAUCUGCAUCUCAUCAGUGCUGCGUCACAACAUACGCUAGUCAAGAAACACGUGCUGUACAUCAAGCUAUGUUUUUUCAAGCUGCUGCGACAGGAGGGCUUCAUGGAGCUGGCUAGCAUGGGAGAAGAAGAAGCCUACCGACUGCAACGACUGGACGACAGUGCCAAAGACUUGCCGUUCAAUAACACCGAGCAGUCGCGCAAGAACAUCAAGGCAAUUCUCAUCUUGCUCAUCUCCAUGGUUGUCAUUGAAACCAUCAACGGUGGCCGAUCAUCUGCCAUCAGAAACCACAUGUACAUGUACGCCAAAAUUGUGUCUCAGCCCGACAUUCGAGACUUUCUCAUCACCCAAAACUCAGGCAAGUUUCUCAUCAACAGUUAUGUGUGGUUUGAUCUCAUCACGUCCGCAGCAUCACACGACUCGCGCGCACCCUUCAUUGUCAACCCCGAGAUGUUCGACGGCACUUCCAUCGGUCUCAACUACAUGGUCAACUGUUCCAUAAAGACUAUGCAGACCCUUUAUGAGGUGACUGUGCUGCGUGCAGACUUCAAGGCGUUCCAGGAAGACCUUGCGCAAUCAGCAGCCUACACUCCUGAGCGAUCUGCUCAACUGAGAGCCCUCUGGGAACGAGGGCAGGCCCUCAAACGCCAGCUUCUCAUUGAACUGCAUUCCGAAUGUGCCGCAGGCUACCCGGAGCACUCAGAAGAGCAUAUCGGAUGCAAGUGCUGGUGCAUUGCAGUCCUUGUGUUCCUGCUGCGAAUCUUCAAGAGCUGCAAGCCUGAGGUUUGGGCCGAUAUCCGCGCUUUGUGUAUUCAAUUUAUGGAUCUCAAUCUACUUUUGGAUCCCCAGAACAAGGUAGCUAACCAGUUGGUUUGGCCCAUGUUUCUGAUUGGUUGCGAGCUCAAGACGUCUGCGGACUUCAUUGUCAAGGCCGAUGAUGGUACUGUGAAGAACUACCAGGACCUGCUGCGAGCUCGAGUCAGCCGAUUACGUCAUUCUCUGGGAGUGGGCAACUGGCGCACCCUGCAAAUAAUUCUGGAGUCGUGCUGGAAACAUGAGGUGGACUGGGAGGUGCAUCUGAGCACUGGCAUUUGGAAGCAGCAUGAUUUCAUGCCCAUUUAA